AUGGCGUCCGCCGGCGGCGGUAAUAUCAAGGUCGUCGUGCGAGUGCGGCCCUUCAACUCGCGCGAGCUCGAUCGCAAGGCAAAAUGUAUCGUGUCUAUGAAAGACACCCAAACCGUCCUGAUACCCCCGCCGCCUGAUGGAAAGAACAAGCCUGUCAAGGCCGCCCUCGAGGGCAAUAAGACCUUCGCCUUCGAUCGAUCGUACUGGUCCUUCAAUCGCCAAGAUGGCCAUUUUGCUGGGCAAGAGGAUGUCUUCACAGACUUGGGCAAACCGUUGUUGGAUAAUGCGUUUCAAGGCUACAACAACUGUAUCUUUGCCUAUGGCCAGACCGGUUCAGGGAAGAGUUACAGCAUGAUGGGUUAUGGCAAGGAAGAGGGUGUCAUUCCGCGAAUCUGUAGAGACAUGUUUGAGCGGAUCGAAGGGAUUGUGAGUCAGGACAAGAACAUGGGCGCUACCGUAGAAGUCUCGUACCUGGAGAUCUACAAUGAACGAGUUCGUGAUUUGUUGAACCCCAGCAAUAAGGGCAAUCUCAAAGUCAGAGAGCAUCCUUCAACGGGCCCGUAUGUCGAGGAUCUGGCCAAGCUGGUUGUGAGGAGCUUCACCGAGAUCGAGCACUUGAUGGACGAGGGCAACAAGGCACGAACGGUUGCAGCGACCAACAUGAACGAAACCUCUUCCCGAUCCCACGCCGUCUUCACCCUCACCCUGACACAAAAGAGGCAUGAUGUCGAAACAAAUAUGGAUACAGAGAAGGUGGCGAAGAUCAGUCUCGUCGAUCUGGCUGGUUCAGAGCGUGCGACAAGUACGGGUGCGACAGGCGCCAGGUUGAAAGAAGGAGCUGAGAUCAAUCGUUCUCUGUCCACACUAGGUCGUGUCAUUGCGGCACUUGCAGAUAUGAGCACCGCCAAAGCGAAAGCCAAAGGCAUGCAAGUGCCGUACCGAGACUCUGUCUUGACCUGGUUGCUGAAAGACAGUCUGGGUGGAAACAGUCUGACUGCCAUGAUUGCAGCAAUAUCUCCAGCAGACAUAAACUUCGAAGAGACGUUGUCUACUCUGAGGUAUGCCGAUUCUGCAAAACGAAUCAAGAACCACGCAGUUGUGAACGAAGAUCCAAACGCCCGUAUGAUCCGCGAACUGAAGGAAGAACUGGCGCAACUGCGCUCGAAGCUAUCAUCCGGUGGUACGGUUGCAGAAGAGCAGUACAGCGCAGACACGCCUCUGGAGAAGCAAAUCGUCAGCUUUACGCAGUCCGACGGGACGGUCAGGAAAGUAUCCAAACUGGAGAUUCAGGAGCAGCUGUCUCAGUCGGAGAAGCUGUACAAGGACCUCAAUCAGACAUGGGAGGAGAAGCUUGCGACGACGGAGCAAAUCCACAAGGAACGAGAAGCUGCUUUGGAGGAACUUGGUAUCAGCAUCGAGAAGGGCUUUGUCGGAUUGAGCACUCCGAAGAAAAUGCCGCAUCUGGUCAAUCUGAGUGAUGACCCAUUGCUUGCCGAAUGUCUCAUCUACAACCUCAAGCCAGGAACGACAACGGUUGGAAAUGUCGAAACGAACGGCGACGAGGCGGACAGCGAUGCCAAUGGCAGAUCGACUGUUGAUAUCAGACUGAAUGGGUCGAAGAUCCUGCACGAUCACUGCACCUUUGAAAACGUUGACGGCGUCGUCACAGUUGUUCCAAAAGAUGGUGCUGCUGUCAUGGUCAACGGCAUUCGAAUUGAAUCGCCCAAGCGAUUACGAUCUGGAUAUCGCGUCAUCUUGGGAGACUUCCACAUUUUCCGUUUCAACCACCCGCAGGAAGCCCGCGAGGAGCGAGCAGAGCAGGGUAGUCUGCUCAAGUACUCUGUCACUGCAGAUCAGCUCGAGUCGCCUUCAAGAAGACCAGGCCACGAGCGAAAUGAGAGCACUGUGAGUCGCGCUUUCUCCGACUUUGACGGCGACAUUAGCAGCCCCGGCACGCAGUCGCCUGCACCUUGGCGGACGGAUGGCCGAGAUACAGACUGGGCCUUCGCGCGUCGGGAAGCUGUGUCGUCUACUCUUGGACCUGAUCAGAAAAUCUCCGAGCUGAGUGACGAUCAACUUGACGUACUGUUCGAAGACUUGCAACGUGUUCGUGCCGUACGCAAAGCCAGACCCGAAAGCAAAAUUUUUGACACCAAUGGAGGUGACACCGACACUGAGUCAGUCUCUUCGCAUCCCGUACGUGAGAAGUAUCUCAGCAACGGCACAUUGGACAACUUCAGCCUCGACACUGCACUCACGAUUCCAUCCACCCCGCAACAGUCUGAAGACGACGAACGGCUGAAACAAGUCCGAGAUGAUUUGCAAGAUCAGUUGGAAAAGCAGAAAGAUGAUUACCAGCAGAAGCUGCAAAGCGCGGAGGACGGCCCCAUCGAGAUUGAAGAGCUUCGAACUGAGAAGCUCAAGAUGGAGGCAUCUUUACAGGAGAUGAAGGAACAGAUGCAGAAGCAACUCAAGGAUCAGAAAACUCAGUUCGAGCGCCAGAUCAAGGCUCUGAAAGCGCCUCCUAAACCGCGCCGCAAGAGCAAGAGCAAACUGGACCUCAGUGAGCGCGAGAUCUUCUUUGCGAAGCAUGUUCUGGAUCAUUGGAGACACCAUCGAUACGUCGCCAUGGCUGCGACCGCACUGAAGAACGCCUCGACUCUUAAAGAAGCCCAGGUCAUGAGCCAACAAAUGGAGCGCAGCGUCGUCUUUCAAUUCACCGUGGUCGAUGUCGGGCACACACUGGCUUCGUCUUAUGAUCUGGUUCUGAAUGGCGUCUCAGCUGAAGAGACCAAUGACCCUGACCUGGAGGAAUGUGUGAAGCCUUGUCUGGCCGUACGUGUCAUUGACUUUGCACAUACGGUCAUCCAUCUCUGGUCCAUCGAGAAGCUCCACAAACGUGUGAAGGCGAUGCGUCAAAUGAUGCAGUACCUCGACCGGCCCGAGUACAUGCAGCACUUCAGUGUGAGCAAUCCAUUUGAAGAAGACUGUAUGCCGGAAUACACUCGCAUCGGCGAUGCCGACAUCCCACUGGCGGCCGUGUUCGAGUGUAGAGUCCAAGACUUCACUCUCGAUGUCUAUUCUCCUUACACCUGCAGCAUUGUCGGUGUGGUUCAUCUUUCGCUGGAGCCAAGUUCAGCUGAAGCUCCUAGCAGCACGCUGAAGUUCAACGUGGUCAUGCACGAGCUUAUUGGCUUCGCCGAGCGAGAAGGCACCAACGUACACGCCCAACUCUUCAUCCCUGGCAUUUCCGAAGAAGGGGGAGCAACGACAACAUCACUGAUCAGCGGCUUUGGUGAGGGCUCUGUCCGCUUCGAAAGUGUACACAGCAUGAGCUUGCCGUUGACAGCACCGCAUGACGCCAGUUUGAGGGUGAGCAUCUUUGCCCUGGUCACUUCCAUGCACCUCGACAAGCUUCUUAGUUGGGAUGACAUGCGAGAUGCAUCCAAAGCAGCCGGUGUCCGCCCAAGGAUGAGACGAAAUCAGUCACGGAUCCCAGAACACGAGUACUACAGCGACGAGCGCCAUGACGUCUUUGCGAGAGUUCAAGUACUGGAGAUCGACGAAGACGGGAACUACCAGCCGGUGGAAGUAGUUCAGAACGACACACUCGAUCAAGGUGCAUAUCAGUUACACCAGGGUCUCCAAAGGCGUGUUGUGUUGAGCCUCGUGCACAGCUCGGGCGACAGCCUGCCUUGGAAAGACGUCGAUCGCCUCCAAGCCUGCGCGGUUCGCCUGCUUGACAGCUCUGGCAAAGUGUCUGAUGCUGACAGCAAUCAACCUGACGUGCCAUUGCCGUUGAUAUCGCCUCCGAUCAUCCGCAACAACGAAGAUGGAACCACGAAUGUUAAAAUGACUGGACAAUGGGAUUCCAGCGCGCAUAGCUCGUUGCUCUUGGAUCGACCAACUCUGGAUCGCAAUCGCGUGCAGUUGACACUCAAAUGGCAGGUCCACUCACCCCGUGUGACAGCGCCAAUGAAGUUCAGCUUCGACAUCUCUGUGCAGACACGGCCACGGACGUGGUUCCGACAGAAUUCGCUUCUGGGGCAACUCUUCAAUGCGCAGCGUGUUGUUCAUUCUACGGCAUCCAACUACACCGUGACUUUGAAGCCUGGUGCGGCAAAGCGCGCUGGCGACCUGUGGCGAAUGGACACGACUGGGGAAUACAUCUCGGGCGAAGAGAUGCUCUCGAGCUGGGCCCCAAGAGGCGUUUCACUCGUUCGAGACUUCAUGAACUUGCGCAAACAGCAGCGUCGAGUUGCUGAAAUCGAAUCUGCAAGAGGCAUUCUCAGCUUUGGAGCCCUUUCUCCUCCGAUCAAAGCACAGCAUCCGUCUGAUGAGGCACUGAAUGAACAACAGCAAACACUUUUGAAGAAGAUGCUCGUUCUGUGGCAGACUGGCCCUUCUGCGGGUGAGAUCAUGUUGCUGCGGUCGAACACUGAAUCACCAGAACUCGGCGCGGCCUUCGCAAAUGGUACAACCAAUGGCGACGACGAGACACCUUUGGCAGCAGUCAUCGAAUCAAACACCAAGUCGGCCACGGUCUUGAAAGCAGGCUGGCUACUAUGCCCCGACGCUUCAGGCACGCACUGGAUCAAGACAUACGUGGAGCUACGUCGACCCUAUCUCCACCUGUACAGCAAAGAAGGGGACGAAAUCAACGCCAUCAACCUCACCAACUCUCGCAUCGAUGCGGAGCCUGAGGUCGCCAAACUUCUUCAACGACCCAACGUUCGAAUGGAAGUUUGGGCAGUGUACUCGACCAAAGCCUGGCUCUUUGCCUGUAGGAACGACAAGGAGCGAGGAGAAUGGAUCUGGGCCGUCGACCGCUCUUACGUGAGUAGUGGAGGCAGGACGCCCGAUGAAGAAUAUUAA